AUGGAUUCGCCGGACCCCAAGCGACAACGCCUAGAGCCUACAUCGUCCUACAAUCUGCGAUGUCGCACCCUGGUGACCAGCAGUAGUAUCGACCCACCGGACGCCAAGCGUCAGAGGCUGGACACGGCUGCGUCCCAGAGCAGCACGUCGACGGUCGGCCCUCCUGCCGUCGCCACGGAUUCAAGGAGCGUCACGUUUCAUGUGACGUUUACGGCCGGCCCCACAGAAACGAAUGAGGACCGCCUCUUUGCCGGCGCCCAGAGCCGCUACGGCAGCUUCAUCGCUGGCGUGAAUACCGCCGGCCAGGGGAUAGUAAUUAUGCAGAUUGACGAUGUCAUCCUCGGCAGGCUGGAGAGCAGCCACGCGUUCGGCCACCGCGUGACGUUCGCCAACGUGGAUGCAGCUUCCCUGCUGCCUUUCAUAACUUCUCGUUUCGCUGGGGUGACGUCGGCUCACUACCGGUCCUCCCGCUCGUCCUCACAAUCGGCAGCCGCAGUUAUCCGCGCCAGCUUUGCAGACGAUAAUGAUCGUAUGGCGUACGCUGCUUACGACUCGUUCACCGUCACCGGUACCAUCACCACCAAGACAGAAGGUCGAACAACGUUCAUCACGGCUCUGCAGGAAUGA